AUGGUCAUCAUUGGCAGAUACCAGGAAUCUGUCGAUAUAAUGGAGAAAGAAGGUAGUCUACUAGCCGACCGUCCUCGUGCAGUUGCGGCAGGAGAGAUAUUGUCGCGCGGGCUGCAUUUGAUCCUUGCACCCGCAGGAGAGCAGUUCCACAGACUUCGCAGAGCGGCUCAUACUCACCUUCAAGCGAAAGCUGCAGAAUCCUAUGUGCCAAUCCAGAUGAAUGCUGCCCGUAAUGUCAUCCUCGAUAUCCUUAAUAACCCUAAAGGACACCAAGCAGCUGCGAAUCGCUACACCGCCUCCGUCAUCUUGCGUAUCAUCGUCAUCCAGAAAAUGCUCAAGCGCUUCCAGAUGCUCAUGCGACCUGGUGCAUUACUGGUAGAGCGCUACCCGAUAUUAAAAUACGUUCCGGGAUAUGGAACCGAGUUGGAGCAGUGGAGAAGGGAAGAGAGUCAGCUCUUCCAUGACCAGCUUGAUCGUGUUUUGAGAGAAUUGGUUGCAAAGCUGUCCCUCGUUGCUCGCUAUCUUCUUGAGAACCAGUCUUCGCACAAGCUCUCGACGAAGAAAUGGCUUAUCUUGCUGGCUUCUGCAUGCUAUCCCAAGGCUCAGGAGAAAGUGCAAGAAGAACUGGACGUCGUCAUUAGUCGUGACAGAGGUAAUGAAAUCUCAACUUUGUUACAGCUCCCACCAUUCGACGACUACAACUCCUCCCCGCAGAUUGAAGCGUUCAUGCUGGAGUGUCUUCGCUGGAGACCCAUGACGACUCUCGGAUUCACACACCAAUACGUGUAUCCAGAAGGUGCUAUCGUCUUUGGCAACCACUGGGCAAUCUCCCGUGACCCAAGCGUCUACCCCAACCCUGACCAGUUCGAUCCUCAGAGGUGGCUCAACACCGACGGCAAAAUCCGGGACGACCUCAAGUUCCCUUCAUUCGGUUUUGGACGCAGAAUCUGCCCAGGACAACAUAUAGCAAACCGCUCGAUCUUCAUUAACGCUGCGCUCCUCUUGUGGUCUUUCAAGAUCACGCAGGACCCUGAGAACCCAAUUGAUGAGUCGGGUUUUGUGGAUGGUGUUAUUGUGCAUCCUAAGCCGUUUGCUGCGUGUUUUGAACCGAGGUUUGGGAAUGAGGCGGCGUUGAGGGGGGUGAUGGGGAAGUAUGGCGAGGGAUUGUAGGUUCUUGAUCUUGAGCGCGGU